UCACUUUUACUUCAUUGCUAUUACUUUCCUUACAUUAUAAUUUUCAAAAACAACUUAAUAACGUUUCUUGAAUAUAAUAUUAACAUACAAUAAAUUAAUCUACUAUUCUGUGAUAUUAAUGUUUUGUUUUUAAAUUACAACUUUAAUUAACUGUGUGAUAUUAUAUAAAGUUGUUGAUUAGUCUCUUAUAACAAAAAUGGACCCUAAAUCAAAAAAAUAUGAAAUAAUUGAAUUUUUAGGAGAAGGGCAGUUUGCCACUGUAUACAAAGCCAAAGAUGCAUUUACUGGAAAUAUUGUUGCUGUAAAAAAAAUCAAAAUUGGAACAGCUGAAGAUGCUAAAGAUGGUGUAAAUCGAACUGCACUAAGAGAGAUUAAAUUACUUAUUGAAUUAGAUCAUGAAAAUAUUAUCGCUUUAUUUGAUGUAUUUGGUCAUUUAUCAAAUAUUUCUUUGGUCUAUGACUUUAUGGAUACUGAUUUAGAAGUUAUUAUUAAAGAUUCAUCAAUUGUAUUUACUCAGUCACAUAUUAAAGCUUAUACAAUUAUGACACUUCAAGGUUUGGAAUAUUUACAUAUGAACUGGAUACUACAUAGAGAUUUAAAACCAAAUAAUUUACUUGUCAACAAAAAAGGUAUAUUGAAAAUAGCUGAUUUUGGGUUAGCCAAAAGAUAUGGAUCACCAGACCGUAUACAUACACAUAGGGUGGUUACUCGAUUUUAUAGAUCUCCAGAAUUAUUGUUUGGAGCUCGUGCAUAUGGACCAGCAGUUGAUAUCUGGGCUGUUGGCUGUAUAAUUGCUGAAUUAUUAUUAAGGGUUCCUUUUCUUCCUGGUGAAUCUGAUUUAGAUCAGUUAACCAAGAUUUUUACUACACUUGGAUCUCCAUCUGAAGAAACAUGGCCUGGAGUUACCAAGUUGUCUGAUUAUGUUGUCUUUAAAAAAUUCCCAGCAAUUCCUUUAAGAGAAAUAUUUACAGCUGCACCCAAUGAAUUAUUGGAUGUUAUUGGUAGUAUGCUAAGUGUUAACCCAUUACAACGUCCUUCAUGUACUGAAGCUUUACAAAUGCCUUACUUUAGCAAUCGACCACCACCAUCUUUGGGUGGUCAAUUGCCACUUCCAGCUAAUCUUAGAGAUAAUAAUCCAGAUAAUCAAGAUUCAAAAGGACAAAAACGAAAAUUUACUGAUUAUUUAGAUGGAGGCACUCAACCAAAACGUUUAAUCUUUGAUAGUCUUGCGUAAUCCUAAAAUAGAUUAGUGUGUAAAAUAUGUUAAGACUUAUUGUACUUUUACUAUUAUUAUAAAGGAUUGUACAAAUAAAUUGUUUACAAAUAAAAUUAAUUCAAUGAUCA